UGUGCAUGUUCUCUGAACCACCUUCGUUUCUUCAUCACUGACUCAUAGUAAGCAAUCGAAAGAAGCAAUAACAACACGUACGAAAAUGUGUACCAGAAUUUGUUGAUGUAGAAGGCCUAUAAAUUAGAUCGAACGGAAGUUUUUUUUAAGACAUUUAUUUGAGUUUUCGAAUGGAGAGACAAUCUUCGCUGCUUCAGAUUCCGCCCCCAACUUAUGGGAACCUAAUCACUGUUCUCAGUAUCGACGGAGGUGGUAUCAGAGGUCUCAUUCCUUCUGCUAUUCUUGAGUUUCUUGAAUCUCAACUUCAGGAGCUAGAUGGUGAAGAUGCGAGGCUUGCUGAUUACUUUGAUGUCAUCGGAGGCACGAGCACUGGUGGUCUCGUAACAGCCAUGCUAACUGUCCCGGAUAAAAACAAGCGUCCUCUUUUUGCUGCCAAAGAUAUCAAGCCUUUUUAUCUCGAACAUUGCCCAAAAAUAUUCCCACAAAAGAGUAUCUGGGGAAUAUUUGGUUUGCUUCGGAAACUAAUCAAAUUACUUGGGGGUCCUAAGUAUGAUGGAAAAUACCUUCAUGGUGUUGUGAGAGAGAAGCUAAGAGAAACUAAGCUGCAUCAGACCUUAACCAAUGUAGUUAUUCCAACUUUCGAUAUCAAGUGUUUGCAGCCCAUAAUCUUUUCGACUUAUGAGGCCAAGAAGAACCCAUGUGUUGAUGCUCGACUAUCUGAUAUAUGCAUUAGUACUUCUGCAGCUCCGACGUACCUUCCUGCAUAUCGGUUCAGUAACUGCGAUACUGAAGGGAAUGUUCGUGAAUACAAUCUUAUAGACGGCGGUGUUGCAGCCAAUAACCCUACAUUGGUUGCCAUGAGUGAAGUAACGAAACAGAUAUACGAUGGAAAUCAAGAUUUCUAUCCAAUAAAGCCAGCGGAUUAUGGUCGGUUUCUGAUCAUUUCACUAGGGACUGGCUGUGCAAAGAUUGAAGAGAAAUAUAAUGCAGAUAGUGCGGCCAAAUGGGGCGUUUUGGGAUGGUUGAUUCAUCAAGGCUCAACUCCAUUAGUCGAUGUUUUUACUCAGGCCAGUGGAGACAUGGUUGAUUACCAUAUUUCCGUACUUACUCAAGCUCUUCAUUCUGAAGAAAACUAUCUCAGAAUUCAGGACGACACGUUAACAGGGAUCGACUCAUCAGUAGACAUAUCAACAAAAGGGAACUUGGAAAAGCUGGUCGGAAUCGGUGAAAAUCUGUUGAAGAAGCCAGUUUCGAGAAUUAAUCUGGAUAAUGGAAUCUACGAAGAAGUCAAGGAUGGUGGCACUAAUGAAGAAGCCUUAAAAAGGUUUGCGAAGUUACUGUCAGAUGAAAGGAGAUUGAGAGAGAUAAGGUCUCCACACAGAACCACAGCAGAAAAUCCCAAAAAUGCAUAGGCUUUUCGCUACAAGCUGAAAUUUGGCCGUUUUGUACUGGUGGUCAAAGUGGACGAAAAUAAAAAUGACUUGAUAUUUUCUAAUUCCUGCUGAUCGUAUAUUGAUAGUAUUCCACAAAUAAUCA